ACAUCCAUUAGAGAGAGAGAGAGAGAGAGAGGGAGAGAGAUACCUGGAGAAACAGAUACAUGUGAAAGUUUCAAGACGAAGAAGUUCGGUGAUUAAUUUUCGGAGAAAAUUUUCAGGAGUGUGAAGUUGUCGAAGAGUGAAUCACUGAGGAAUAAGGAAAUCCUGUCAGACAAUAUUUCAGGCUAAGAUGAAUGGGUCAGGAAGUUCCUCUGAAGAUAAGCAUCAAAACGGAUACCAGGUAGCUAUUGAUAUCAAAGACGAUUGUUGUAUUUAUAAGGUUCCUAUGAAACUUAGGAACAUAAAUAACGAUGCUUACACUCCUCAAAUUGUUUCAAUUGGUCCUUAUCACCAUGACCAAGAAAAAUGGGAUGACAAGCAAAGCAAAAAAGAAUGGAAAUGGGAUGACAUGCAAAAGCGAAAGAAGAUAUAUCAGGAAGAGUUUCUUAAGAAUAAUAGCGAGAAAGAUAAAAUCAAGGACUUUGUCAAAGAAGAGGAGCAACGUAUCCGCGAUUGUUAUGAAGCAAAAUUUGAUUUCGGUUCAGAUGAGUUCAUAGAGAUGGUUCUGGUUGAUGCUGUCUUCAUCAUUGAACUCUUCUUGAGGUAUCACCAUGAUAAAGAUGAUACAAGAGAUUUUGUACUAAGUAAACCGUGGCUAUCAAAUGCUAUAAAACUGGACUUGCAAUUACUUGAAAAUCAGCUUCCAUUCUAUGUCCUGGAGAGGUUAUACAUGUUAGCCUAUGGCAGCUCCACUGGAGAAUCCUUCCUUACUCUUUCUUGCAAGUUUUUCGGGUAUAAGGAGCCAGGUGAAGAAGCGAAGAAAAUUAAACAUUUUGUCGACUUGAGAAGACAUACUAUGUUGGUCGGAGUCGAAAUUGAUCCAGAGUUACCAAAAUCUCCAGGCGGAAAAAUUGAAGAUUUACCAAGUGCAGUGAAGCUGCAUGAGUCCGGGGUGAAGUUUAAGUCGGUCAAAAACAAAGAUGCAGUGAAGCCUGGUGAGUCGAGGAGGAAGUGUAAGCUAGACAAAGAAAAAAGUUUACUUAAGAUAGAAUUUGGAAAGAGAGAGGACUCAUGUAUUCCAAGGCUUAGGGCAGAUGUGCUAAAGAUUCCACACCUUAAAAUUGAAGAUGAUACGGAAUGUUUGUUUCGAAACUUGAUGGCCUUGGAGCAGUGCCAUUAUCCAUUUGAAACUCAUAUUUGCAACUAUAUUGAUCUAAUGGAUGCUCUGAUCAACACGAGCAAAGAUGUGGAUUUGCUUGUUGACAAUGGAAUCAUCUCCAAUUGUGUGGGCGACCAUGAUUCAAUUAAAGCCAUGUUUAACAGACUUUGCCUUGAGGUUACGCCAAGUACUUCCUGUUACGACCACAUUUGCGACGGGCUGAAAAAGCACCACGGCAAAUGGUGGAAUCGCACCAAGGCAACGUUGAUAAGUGUGUACUUUGAAAAUCUUUGGAGAGGCACCGGAACUGUUGCUGCAACCAUACUCGUGCUGCUCACUCUGUUACAAACCAUCCAAAGAUUCUAUCCGGAACUGUUUACGCGUCCAAAAUAAUUGAAGUUUUGUGUGUUUCAAGUACUUGUAUUAUUAGAAUGUCUCUUCCUACUACUAAGCUUGUAAUAACUUCGGAUUUGUAGCUUUCAUUUAUAAUAAUUUAUUAUCUUCCAUGCUA